UGAUACCACGGCAUGUAUCUGGAAGCGGCGAGUAAAGUCAAGGCCCGGCUGUACGAGGUAGCAUACGUUAACUAUUAGUACAGUGUAAGGCAUGGUAGGACGUCGGCACGUUUAGUCUGAUAUGAUAUCGUAGUAAAAGUUAUCUUUGUCGCAUCCUGCUUGAUGUGUAUGGAUUUCCAGAAGUUGACGUUUCUUUGAGCGGACUUCCAGGUAACGUUACGAAAAUGCCACUGCAUGGGAAAAUAGUCGUGAUUAAGAGGAGUGGAGGAGAUGGGACCGAGUUUCCUCUUACUGCCACAUGCUUGUUUGGAAGGAAGCCUGACUGCGACAUCCGUAUUCAGCUUCCUCAAGUCUCCAAGGAGCAUUGCAGAAUUGACUUUAAUGAAAAUAAAGAGAUAAUUUUGACAAAUUUGAGCUCAGUGAAUCCAACCCGUGUCAACGGAGAGGCUUUGCAGCAAUCUGAGCGUUUGAAGCACGGCGAUGUGAUAACUGUUAUUGACCGUUCUUUCAGGUUUGAGUACCCUCCAGCACCCACACCAAAGAAGAGGUCUUCGAUAGGAGGCAAAACUAAAACCUUCAAAGUUCUUCAAAAUCAACAAGUGGGAGACGCCCCUUCCACUGAACUUGGAGAAAAAAGGAUCUCUGAAGUCUCCACAGACCCUCAUCUUAAAGAUGGAACUAACCAUGAAAACAUCCAGCGACCCCUGGAGAAAACUGUGGAGGUCAAGGAGGAGGAUGGCCUGCUGCAGAGCAAGACCGCCUCCCCCUUCAACGAUCUGUAUCAAAUGAUAAAAAAAUCCCUGGAUGUCAAGACCCCUCGUAAAUCAUCUGCCAGUGUGCUGCAAACACCUUCCUCGAAGUUUUGCACUCCACAAAAGCCUGUCAUUUACACAGAAGACAAAAUCACUCCGAAGGAUGAAGCUGAAGUCUCUUCUAUCGCUGACGAAACCAUGGAGGAGGCUGUGAAGAAGCAAGGGACGUCCUUCCAGGUUCCUCCCACUGAGAUGGCCAUACCUGAAGCUGAAAAUGCUGACCAGUCUGAAGUAACUUCACCCCAGAAGAGAAGCCGUACACCCCCCCAGAGGUUUAGUCCAUGUGAGGUUGUAGAGCAAAUUUCUGCAACGCCCAAAUCCCCCGUGAGACGAGCAUCACCAAGGAACUCAGGGAAAGUUGAAACGGUGAAAGAGAUGUCCAAAAAACGUAAACGCGAAGAACUGUCGAACGACUUGCCCACAUCACAGAUGAAGAGGAAACGGGUUUCCUUUGGAGGUUUCCUGUGUCCUGAGUUGUUUGACAAACGUCUGCCUCCUGACUCUCCUCUCUGUAAAGGAGCUACGCCGCGCAGAAGUGUUUCUGAUGCAAAACAGUCACUCCUCAGGCGCACAUCAGCCAUUGGCUUGCUCCAGGGCAAAAAAGGUUCCAAGAAUGCGUCACCAAAAUCCAGGUCCCCUUCUCCCAAGGCUGCAACUCCUGUAAAGAAGAGCCCAUCUCCAUCAAGGGGAAGGUCUCCCACUGUACAAGGGCGCUUCUCUGUGUCACAGAUCAGCACACCAUCUCCAAUUGCAGACGAUGGUGUUACCGAACAGGUGUUUGUCACUGCCACUCCCCUGAGAAGGAGGAGCACCUCGUGGGAGACUCCAAGUCAAGCAAAGAGUGCCGUAAAAGUAUUACGCAGAAGUGGCAUUUCACGGGCAUCUAUGAAAGUCAAAAAUUCUUGGGCAGACAUUGUGAGAUUUGGACAAACUAAGGCUCAAGUGGCUGCGCCAGCUAAAAAAACGGUUGCCAAGAAGACAAUAAAGACUGUCUCCAAACCACAGACCCCUGCAAGAAACCUCAAAGGCCAUGUCACCACUGGGCAUGCAGAUUCACCGGUUACCAUUGUUGUGGGCAGAGCUCACAAACAAACAGUCGUACAUCCAACUGGUGCUGCACCAAAACUGGUCAACAAUAUUGCUCUCUUACAAAAGCACAUGAAGAUGGAUGAGGACUUGACAGGAAUUUCUGAAAUGUUAAAAACCCCUGGAAAUGAAGGGACGAAGACAUCUGUAAUCGACCAGAACAAUGCCCCAAAAACACAAGUGGGAGGUCUGGGCACGUCUGUGGCUGAACCAUCCGUGUUGAACACGCCAGAGGAGACGGGUGAAAUGAUGGUGUCUCCACUGACUGUUUCAUCUACAAUAAAAGACAGAAGCUACAAUAGCGAGGCAGUCCAACGCCUCUUUGAUAAUGAUCAAGAAUCCAGCAUUGUUAGCGACGGCCCUGCCGUGGAUGAUUCUAGCGAACAGAAGAACACCGAUUUGAAGACGACCUCUGUAACCACUCCCAAACAGAAGCCACAAUUACCGGAAUGUCUCACUGGAGUGAAAAGGAUAAUGAAGACGCCGAGACAGAAAGCAGAGCCUAUUGAGGACCUGAGAGGGAAGAUUUUGAAAACUCCGAAGCAGAAGCCAGAAAAACAAGAGUGUCUCACCGGAGUGAAGAGGAUGAUGACUACUCCGAGGCAGGAGGAUGAACCUGUAGAGGACAUCAAAGUGGAACUUCUGACUACUCCCAAACAGAAGCCUGAACAAGAGUGUCUCACUGAAGUGGAGAGAGUUUGUAACACUCCACAACUGGAGGCUGAGCUUAAAGAACCUCUGGAAGCUCCCAAAGCUCUAGAGGCUGGUACGGCACCAGCACACAUGCAAGAACCAGAAGACCUCUCUGAAAAAAGAGACAUGCCAGCUGAAAACGUCAAGAGCUCCCCAUUGGUAUGUCUCACAGAAGGCAAGAGAGUAUCAAAGACACCCAAGAAGAAAAGUGCUCCAGUUGAAGAUAUGGUUGGUUUGAAGAGGCUCAUGAAAACUCCCAAAGAAAAGGGCGAACCGGUUGAGGAGAACUUCGGUAUUACGAGACUUGUGAAAACUCCGAGGCUGAGCAGUAGUGCACCGGUGGAGCAACUGACUGAACCCUCAGUACAACCAGAGAUAAAUGAGGUUGCAGACCACGCGCCUCUGGAUUGUGAUGAAGACAUAGCAAAAGAACUCUUCUUUGCCCACGAGGAGCCACAAGACGAUGUGCCAACAGAUGUGGUUAAUGAUGUUCCCCAAGUUGACAUAGAAAUGGAAGCGGAUGCAAAUGAAGUUGUCGUUGAUGACCGCUUGAAGUUAUCUGAAGACAAGCCUGACGUGGAAGCUGCUAUGAUCAAAGUCACAGAAAUGGACACAACUGCCACAGAGCCUGACAAUGAGAAACCAGUAGAAUCUCUUGUGGCUGACGCAGCAGAAGACUGUGACGCAGCUGUCGUCCCUACUCCAGUCAAGAGAAGAAGAGAGAAGAAAACCGAAGCUACAGCACCACCCUCUGUUAGACAGACGACAAGAGGCAGAAAUGCAAAGUCUCAGGGAAGCCCCUCUGAUGAUCAACCUGAAAUGGCACCAGAGAAAGCUUUGGAAUCCGCACCGGUGACUGAGAUCUCCACUGAAGCUGAGAGUGACCAAACGUCUCCAAUAGCAGAAAAUGAUUCUGCACCCACUGAGGAGGAAGCUGUCACGAAGCCCCCCAGAGGGAGAAAAACUAAACAAACGCCUGUUAAGCCGCCUCAACCAGAGCCAGAGCUUAAUGAAGUUGUGGGUGCAGAGUCUCUUCCUGCAGAAAAACCCAGAAGAGGGAGAAAGCCCAAACCUGAUACGGUUGAACAAACUGAGGUGGCAGAAGACGCAGUUGUCGCUGUGGAGACCAAGCAGCAGCCUCCAGUCAGGGCUAAGAGGGGAAGAAAUGCGAAGCAGGAAGAAGAAAAGCUAGAGUCUGCAUCAGUUGAGACGACCAAAUCCCAGGAGCCGGCUAAAAAAUUAAGGAGAACCAAGAAGGCAGAGCAAAGCCAAGCUUCUGAAGAGCAAGCUGAAAUAGUGCCAGAACCUGAGAGUCAACAGAGUCCCCCAGUUGAUGUCAGCCAUGAGGCAAGCGACAGUGUAGCGCCUCUGGAGAAGUCUGCUGUAAAGCCCAAGCGAGGGAGAAAAGCUAAACAACCUGAGAAAUCGGCCAUGGAGCAGCAAGAUGUGCCUAGUUCUCAAAAUGAGGAUGUUCCCCAAGCUGACAUGACAAAAGAAGCAGAGGAAAGCGAAGUCUGCAGUGUGGCGCACAGAAGUGAUAAAAAUAAGUCAUCAGCUGCCAUGGAAACAGCUCCUCAGGCUCCCGUAACUGAGAGCCUACCUGAAGUGGUCACAGAAAUGGAUGCUGCCGUUCCGAAGAAAUCUGGUCGAGGCAGAAGGGCAAAACUAAUGGAGUUUAACUUGGCAGAAGAUAAACAGGAGACAGCCGACGACGCUGUCGUCCCUACUCCAGUCAGAGGAAGAAGAGGGAAGAAAACUGAAGCUACGGCACCACCCGCUGAAAAUGAUUCUGCACCCACUGAGGAGGAAGCUGUCGCGAAGCCCGCCAGAGGGAGACAAACUAAACCAACACCUGUUAAGCCGCCUCAACCAGAGCCAGAGCUUAAUGAAGUUGUGGGUGCUGAGUCUCUUCCUGCAGAAAAACCCAGAAGAGGGAGAAAGCCCAAACCUGUUACGGUUGAACAAACUGAGGUGGCAGAAGACGCAGUUGUCACUGUGGAGACCAAGCAGCAGCCUCUAGUCAGGGCUAAGAGGGGAAGAAAUGCAAAGCAGGAAGAAGAAAAGCUAGAAUCUGCAUCAGUUGAGACGACCAAAUCCCAGGAGCCGGCUAAAAAAUUAAGGAGAUCCAAGAAGGCAGAGCAAAGCCAUGGAGAACCAAGUGACGUCCAAGCCAUUGAAAUGGUCGUCCCAGAGGAGGCUGAAGCGCCACAGGCUGCAAAACCAAGGAGAGGGUGUAAAACCACUGAGGUCCAAGAGGUCCCAGCUGUCAAUGCCACAGAUGGACUUGAGAAGAACUCUGAGCCAGAAGCUCCAGUCAUGAAACAGAGCAGGGCAAGAGGGGCAAAAACCUCAGUGAAAAACGAGGUUUCACAAGCCAUUCCAGUGAAGAAAGCCCGUCGAGGCGCAGCCCUUCCCCUUGAGGAGACUAAUGCAGAAUCCACAGUCCAGGUUUCAGAGCCUACGUCUACUUCAGUAGAGCCAGCCAAGAGGGGCAGACGGGCAGCAGCAAAGCCUCCAGCAAUUGACGCCACGGUGGCCGCUGAGGAUUUAAGCGGCGGGCCUGUUGAAGACACAAAAACGUUCAAAAGAUCCGUCAAGGGGAAAGCAGUCUUUGAAAUUCCACAAGUAACACCUGUGAAGGCAGUUCGAGGUAAAAAAUCAAAACUGGGAGGCCAAGUCGACGCAGAAAGCAACAAUGUUCCAAAGGCUGCUGACAAAACUGAAGAGAUGGAUCUCUCAGACAAAGUUGUUGAAGCUCAGCCCAUCAAGAGAACCAGGAAAGGGCCAAAGGUCGCCGAUGUAACGGCGUCCACAAGCAAGGUGAAAAGUAUUGAGGCUGAGGCACAGCUCAAAACCCGAAGAGGAAGAUCAGCAAAGGAAUAAAUCUUUUGUCUAUAUUCUUCAUCCUAAUGACUUUUUCCCCUAUUUGAACCUGUCAUUUUUAUUAGAUUGUGUGGCAUUUUAUAGACUGAAAAUUUAAGCACUGCUUCUUUUUUUUCUCUUUUUCAAUACUGCAGGGAAUCUUGUUCUACCAUUGAUGUGACAAGUUGUAUGUUCAUUGGUUGUUUUAAUUAUUUUUCCACCAUAAACAAUUUUAUUAAAUUCUUUUUGUAAAAUGGGAAA